UACAAAACAUCAAUUUCCGUGUUCCAACUACAAAACCCUUUGUCCUUUGUCUGCGAAGGUUUAAGGUUAAGGUUUUGCGAAGCACAUAAUUCCUCUAAUGGCGUCCACUGUAUGCACCAAGGCCAACCAAUUUCGCUCUUCCACGCGCUUUCUCUUAGUAAACUUUCUUCGCCAUGGAAGACCCUCCAUCCUUUUACCACCAUACUCUCCACAUCGUCCACCGUUUUAUCACCCUCACAAGGUCAAGAAUCAAGGAUGUGAUAAUGGGUCGUUGGGGUUGGGUCAAAUGUUUCUAUCCACUUCUUCUUCUUCUGCUGUUGCUGAUAAUGUUAAAGGAGAAAGACCAGCUUCGGAUUCGGAUCACUCUGCAAAAGAUGAUUCUGGCCAAGGGUACGAGUCUGGGGGUGGAGAUCAGAAAAGUGAUGCUGGGAAACCUGUUCGCGGAGGGCCUGUUUCUUGGUUGAGCUUUCUCUUGUUGGUAACCACUGGAGCUGGAUUGGUGUUCUACUAUGAUAAGGAAAAGAAGCGACAUAUUGAAGAAAUACGUAAUAAAACAGAGGCUGUUAAGCAGGGACCUUCUGCAGGAAAAGCUGCAAUUGGGGGUCCAUUUCGCCUUAUCAACCAUCACGGAAAAUAUGUAACUGAAAAGGAUUUCCUGGGAAAGUGGACUUUGUUAUAUUUUGGCUUUACUCACUGCCCGGAUAUUUGUCCAGAUGAACUACAGAAGUUAGCAGCUGCUGUUGAUAAAAUAAAGGAGAAAGGUGGAAUUGAAACUGUGCCAGUUUUUAUCUCUGUUGAUCCUGAGAGGGAUACUGUUGAACAAGUCGGUGAAUAUGUCAAAGAAUUUCAUCCAAAAUUAAUUGGAUUAACUGGUAGCCCGGAUGAGAUAAAGAAUGUUGCUCGUGCAUAUCGUGUUUAUUACAUGAAGACAGCGGAGGAAGACUCAGAUUAUCUUGUUGAUCACUCCAUAGUUAUAUACUUGAUGAGUCCUGAUAUGGAAUUUGUAAAGUUUUUUGGCAAGAACAAUGAUGUUGACUCACUUACUGAUGGAGUUAUUAAGGAGAUAAAGCAGUACAAGAAGUAACCUGCACAACCUUGCUAUUGGUAUCCUCAUUUCUUUCUCGCGGAAACAAAAUUGCAUGAAUUUUGGCCUUGUGGUAGUAAACUACACUAUCAAUUCUGAAUAUACUUCUGAAGGCUAGGUCCAGGUGACUCUGGAGAUUUCAGUUUCAAAAUUCAACUUAAUUGGUGUCAUUUUUUUCCCAAUGUUUAGUACUGUACUUGAAAAAGUUGUGGCCAUAUAUUGUUAUUUAUGUGGAUUUUGAGAUGCAACGGCAUCACAAUGCCAUGUUCAACAUGUUCCUUAUAUCUGAUGUGGCAUCUUAUAAUAAGAAAAACCACGGUUUAUAGACAA